AUAACGAAACGAAUGACGUGUGGUCUAGUAUAAAUUCAUUACUUUAUUGGUGUGACUAUUUCAAAAGUUUUAAAGCGAGCGCGACCACCGCACGUUGUGCAGCUACCGUUGCCACCCAACCUCGUAAAUUGCCGGCCUAGCAGAAACCAGCAAAAAGUUAACCUCAAUCGCGAAUAGUAAACGAUAUCAAGGUGAACUGUUUUCGGGAGCUAGUGACUAGAUUUGUACUUCACGGUUCGUCGUUUGCUAAUAAAAAAGGCGUGCUAGGAUAUUCAGAUGUGUCCCAUGGUUACGAGUUUAGCUGUUUAGUCAUCAGUGAUUAUAAAAUCGCGCUCGAACAUUGUGGAACCUUGUUGGUAUUUAAGAAGUGGAUUAUUAGUUUAAUAAUAUGGAAGACCUGAGUUUUAUCCCGGAUAUUCCGAGCGGGCCCCUGGAUGCGUAUAGAAAUAGCGCCUCGUUCGAUUGGAAGCGAUUGAAACUGGCUCUGGAAGGAGAUAUUGAGUUGUUAAAACUUAAGUACAAAAUAUGGCACACAUUAGAAAAGGACCAGUUGUUCGCCCACAACCACGUCACCCCCACAGUGGACGAGCAGAAACGGAUAACGCAGUUACAACUAAAACGAAUAAAUGAAUACAAAUUUCUGACAAAGGAGACGUUUAAAUCCAGUUACACAAAAAGGACGCGAACAUUAAUGACGAUAAACGAAGCGGUCCAGUCCUUGAAUCCUAGUGUUUCCGUCAAAAUGGCGAUAGGCAUUUACCUGGUAUCAAACGCUCUGCUGUCCCUUGGCACUGAAAGGCAUUUGAAGUUUUAUGAAGCGACGAUAUUGAACAGAGAGAUACUGGCCAGUAUGUCGCUCACCGAGAUCGCUCACGGAUCGGACGCGAAACUCAUGCGCACGACGGCUACGUACGACGCGCGCACGCGACAGUUCGUCGUGCACACGCCCGACUUCGAAGCGGCUAAAUGCUGGGUUGGUAAUCUAGGUAAAACCUGCACGCACACACUGCUAUUCGCUCAGCUGAUCACUCCAGAUGGGACCAACCACGGGCUCCAUGGGUUCAUAGUGCCCAUCAGAGACCCUAACACCCUUGAAGCGUACCCUGGACUCAUAGUCGGCGAUAUGGGGGAGAAGAUCGGCGUCCAUGGGAUCGAUAAUGGGUUCAUAAUGUUUAACCAGUACCGGAUACCGCGCGAGAGCCUGCUCAACCGAACUGCUGACGUCACCGAAGAUGGGGUGUACGAGAGCUCCUUCUCAGACCCCUCCAGGAUACUGGGGGCGGCUUUGGAGAACUUGUCUGCAGGUCGCGUCGGCAUAAUGCAAGAGAGCUGUCACUCGAUAUCGAGCGCGGUCGCCAUUGCGAUUCGUUACGCGGCGUCCCGCAAACAGUUCGGCGGGAAGGACGCCGAGAUACCGCUGAUCGAGUACGAGUUACAUCAAUGGCGCCUAUUCGGCUACGUGGCGGCGGCGGUGGUGUUCCGAGUCUACAUCGAGAGCUUCACGCGCGUGUACCUCGGCUUCGUGGAGAAGUCCCACUCGGGCGUCAGGGUCGAUAACCUGAGCGAAGCAGUAAGCGAGAUCCACGCGAUGGUGUCUUGCAGCAAGCCGCUGCUGACGUGGACGGUGCUGGACGCCGCACAGCAGUGCCGCGAGGCGUGCGGUGGACACGGCUUCCUGAAGUGCGCAAACCUAGGCGACAUCAGAAGCAACCACGAGCCGACAGUGACGUACGAGGGAGACAACAACGUGCUAUCUCAGCAGACCGGCAACUGGUUGCUUCGUCAGUACGAGGCGGCGCUGGCUGGUUCAGCGGUCGACUCCCCGAUAGGGACAGUCACGUUCUUAGCAGACUAUAGGAGGAUAAUGCAGAGUACGUUUAUGUGGACGGAGACGAGCCAGCUGAAGACUACUGAAUUCAUAAUAAACACAUACAAAUGGCUGAUAUGCUGGCUGCUCAAAGAGACACAUGAAAAAUACGAGUCUGAAAUAGCUAGCGGCCUAUCCAAGUUCCAAGCCAGGACCAAAUCACAAGUGUACCGUUGGAAGUGUCUGACGCGAGUGUACGCGGAGUACCUAUCUAUCAUCUUCUCUCUGGAAUCCAUAGAGAAGAAAGAGAAAGAGCUACAGCCAGUGAUGUAUAAGCUGUUUUACUUAUACGGGCUGUGGUCGCUAGAUAAACAUUUGGUAGAGAUGUACCAAGGGGGUUACGCGAGCGGGGAAGCCCCUACGAGGUUGAUACGGGCGGCCAUCUUGGAAUUAUGUUCAGAUGUCAAAGGAGAAGUUGUUAGCGUAGUGGAUGCGCUUGCGCCGACGGAUUUCGUGCUGAAUUCCGUGCUCGGGAAGAGCGAUGGAAAUCUAUACCAAAACAUUGAGCAUGCCCUAUUCAACGCGCCCGGUACCAUCGGCCGCGCGAAAUGGUGGAGGCAGGCCAUCACCAAGAUGUCGUCUAAGCUGUGAAAAUACAAGGUGUUCUUGAAGAGGUAUUAUCUGUAGUUAUUGUAUAUUGUUUUAGGACGUUGUUGAACAUUUAUACAGGAUGUUUAAGGGUUGCCAUGGAUUUAGUAAAGUCAUUAUUACGAGCGAUUGGGUCAAGAUAACUUUUGGUACAACUAUACAGUGUGUAAAAAAUGGUACUUACCUCCAAAUGUCACAGUUACUGAAGUCAAUAUUUUGGUACUGUAUUAUUCAAAUCAUAGGCAAUGGGACUAUCAAUCAAUUAGUGAUAUUGAGUUGAUUCCGGGGGAAAGGUAAAAUUAAAUUUUAAUUUAUUUGGAGAAGGUAAAAAGGUGACAGUUUAGGUGUAAAGUAGUCUGUCACAGGCAAAAGUAUUAUUCUUUCUUUUCUUUCUUUCAAUGGUAGAUUGAUCCGAAGAUACGGAAGCGACAACGCAGGAAGACAGAAGAUGCUUUUUGAAACUGUCAUGAAAGUCAAUAUCGUAGUAUAAUAUCUUGUUCAUAAUAAUGAUUGUAACUUUCCAAAUAACCUGUAUAUAUUAUUUCGGUUAACGUCAGACUUUCAAGUGACAAAUAUUUUUAGGCUUGCAUUCUGAAACUGAGCCCAACUGUGAUUAGUUCAUUUUUUAUUAUGAGCGUUGUUUCAGAAUGUAAGUCUUGAUAAUUUCUUUUGCUGUGGCCAAUGCCCACAGAUCACUAAACCAUAGUUCAAUCUACCCUCCGUGGCAUUAAUCGUUGUAAUUAUAUAAAUCAAUUGUUUUAUCUCCGGAAAGUUAUUUUAAUUUAAGCAUUCUUUAGGUGUCGGUGACAUCGUCUGUUUACUAAACAAAUAUCAACUCUAAUGUCACACUGUUUAUAUUCAAUUCAGUUUGGCACAGAUCAAGUGGACUGCAACUAAAGUUUUUAGUAAAAGCUGUUUUAAAUCCAGUUUUCCUUGCAGGUCCUUUUAUGAAGACUAAAAAGCACAAUAUUGUUUUUUUUCUUGUCUUGAUCUGAUAUGGCACAAAGAAAAGUUGUUAUCAAUGUCUGAUAUUUUAGAUUUCGAUUGAUUUCACAAAAUAAUGCGCGCAUUGAGUUGACUUAGUUCAUCCGACUUUUACAUUUUAUUAGUAAGCGCUCUCAAUAAUUAUAGAUUUUAGCUUUGUGUAUAAUAAUAACUAUUUAAGAUGAGUUCUUAGAUUAUUUGUUGACAGUUAUUGUUAUAUAGGUGUAGGCAACAUUUUACUUGGGAUUUAAUUGUGGAGAUUUUAAUAGGAAGUUUCUAAUGUCACUGCACACACUAUUAUGUUUUCUUAUAUCAUUUUAUAAAUAUCGGAUUAAAAUAAAAAAAGAAACUUUUUACUGGAUUGAUAUGAAAAUAUAAGCAUAUUUGACAUAAGAAGUUCUGUAAUUUUAGUUUUAAAUUCGAUUUUAAAAGUAUGCUUACGUUAAUAUUGAUGUUAUAAAAUUGAAAUCUUAACAAUAUUAUUAAGAAUGUUGAUAAUUAACCCUAUUUAUCCUUAUGACCUUUGAAGUCAGUAAAUAAUAAGCUUUGUGCAUUUACCUGCAUUUAUUUGCGAUCCAAAGUUACUACAAGUCCAACAGAAAUGAAAUAAAUGCCAAAUAUGAGUACAUUACUCAUACUUUGAUUUCAUAUAAUUUGUGUAUUGUCGCGUAGAUAGAUAAUAUGUAAUUAACACAAGUAGUUAUAAAACAAUAACAAACGUUUAACGUAACGUUAACGGAAUAUUAUGAUAAAACAAUGAAAAUGACUAAUCAUACAAUGCACACCAAAGUAGGGAUGUUAUGGAUAUGUAGUUUCGGUUAUGGAUACGGUUACGGAUAUGGGAAUAAUAAUAUUAUACCGGUUUCGGUUACGGAUAUUUUCUUCUUUUGGAUAUCCGAAAGUUUCGGUUACGGUGACGGAUAUCUGUGCUUUAGAAUGCAAUUUGCAAUAGUUGUCCAACACGGUUCAUUCAUGGCCGCACACUUUACAUCGAAUAAAAAGUAAUGAAAAAAUAAAAAUUGAUACUAGAUGGCAUUAUAAAGGUAAAUCA